GUCCUUAACCUAUUAUUGUAAAAACUGUUCGGUUUACAGGUCUUUCUAAGUAGUUUAAUAUAAAAUGGUUAAUAUCCGAAAAAUCUGUCCCGAAUUAGCAAUAAAAGCCCGAAUUGAACUUAACGAAGUUGAAAAAAGAAUCCCUGAAGAUAUUGCAGUACUUCGUGAAUGGAUUUUGAAGCAACCUCAUUUGAAAACCCGAACAGAAGAUCAAAUUUUAGUGACUUUUCUUCGGGGUUGUAAAUACAGUUUGGAAAAGGCAAAACAAAAAAUUGACUAUUUCUACACCUUCAGAAGUAUUUCACCUGAAUUAUUUCUGAAUAGUAAAAUAACUGCGAAAUCAAUGAAACUCACAAGACUUGGACCUCUUCUUCCAUUGCCAAAACCAUUAAGAGCUGAUGGACCGUGUAUUAUUUUUUCACGCUUUGUUGGAACCGAUCACACUGAGUUUUCAUUUCUUGAUCAUUUUAAAAAUCAAAUAAGAAUUUUCAAUAUUCUUGCGUUGGAAAAUGAUAAUUCUGUUAUUGCUGGAGUUGUCAAUGUUGUUGACAUGUCAAACGCUACAUUGGAUUGGCUUGUCAGAUUUGAUCCUGUGUUGGGUAAGAAACUAGCUGUUUUUUGUGAGAAAGCUAUGCCGUUUCGAGUAUUGGGAUUUCAUUUUAUAAAUAUUCCAACGGAAGCGUUAACAUUUUUGAAAAUACUUCAUUAUCUUAUGCCAAGGAAAAUCAAAGAAAGGAUGAUGCUUCAUUCCUCCAAUGAGAGUCUUUUUAAGCAAGUACCCGAGGAAUAUCUACCGGAAGAAUAUGGAGGAAAUAAUGGACGUAUGAGUGAUUGCAUUGAAACCUGGGAGAAACUUAUGAUCAAGUACAAAACUUAUUUCGAAGAGGACGAUCAGUACAAAACGAAUGAAGAAUUACGAAUUGGUACGAAAGUUAAUUCGGAAUCCUUAUUUGGGUUGGAUGGAUCGUUUCGGAAAUUAGAAUUAAAAGCUCAAAAUGAAUUAAACGAAGUGGAAAAUCGUAUUCCAGAAGAUAUUUCCCGAAUUCGUGAUUGGAUUGAAAAACAACCUCAUCUCAAUGCCAGAACUGACGAUCAAUUUUUGUUGUCAUUUCUUCGAGGUUGUAAGUUCAGUUUGGAAAAGACCAAAUCGAAAAUAGACCUUUAUUACACCAUUAAGACUCUCUCACCACAGCUCUUUCUAAACAAGCAAAUUGACUCUAAGGCUAUGAGAUUGGUCAAGCUUGGACCAUUUCUUCCACUUCUCGAACCUUUGGGGACUGAUGGAUCUCGUUUACACAUCAUUCGUUAUUCCCACAUCGAUUUUGAUGAAUUUAGCGUUGAAGAGAUAUUUAAGAUACAUCUUCAAGUGCUCGAUAUUCAAUUGUUCGAAGAUGAUAAUAUUUGUAUUGGAGGUUAUACAAUUGUAGUUGACAUGUCAUCAUUGUCAUUGAGUACAAUUCUCAAAUUUGAUUUUGUAAUAAUUAAUAAAAUGGCAAUAUUUUGCGAAAAAGCAGCUCCAUUGCGUAUAAAAGGUGUGCAUUUGGUCAAUAUGUGUAAAGAAGCUGCGUAUAUUGUCAAUGCUGUUAAGAAUUUCAUGCCAAAAAGUAUUAAAAAUCGGUUUAUGAUUCAUUCGUCCAUGGAGAGUGUUUAUGAGCACAUUCCCAAAAAAUAUCUACCUACAGACUAUGGAGGCGAAAACGGGAGUUUGGAAAAUACGAUAUUACACUGGGAAAAAGUAUUUCUUCGUUAUAAGGAUUUUUUCGAAGAAGAUGUGAAAUAUGGAGUGAAUGAAAAAUUGAGGAUUGGGGAAAAACGAAGCAAUGAAUCCAUUUUUGGAUUAGAAGGAUCAUUUAGAAAACUUGAGUGCAGAGAAGACUUUGUAAAAAUGACCUCCAAAGUUCGUUCAUUAAGUGAAGAUCUCCAACACAUAGCAACCUCUGAACUGAACGAAAGUGAGGAUAGAAAAAAUGAAGAAGAAAUUAAGUCAAUUCAACAAUUUGUAGCUAGAUUACCAGGAAAUUCGAAAUACCAGAUUUCUGAUCAAUUUACAUUGAGUUUUCUUCGAUCAUGUAAAUUUAAUAAUUCCCUCAUUAAGAAAAAACUUCCAAAUUUUAUGACAAUGCGUAAGGUUUGUCCUGAUAUAUUUGCCAGUAGAAUGGUAAAUGAGGAAUUGAUUGAAAUCUUAAAGAACGGGGUACAUCUUCCGCUUCCAAUCCCACUGGAAUCAAAUUCAUCUCUUAUACAAAUUUCAAAAUAUAGCAACUUAAAUGAAUUUAGUCCUUACGAAGGCCUUAGACUGCUCUUUAUGAUGCUGGAAUUAAGAUUUCUCGAAGAUGAUCACAGUUCUGUAGCAGGUUUUACAUUCAUCGAAGAUUAUCAACAUUUAUCAUUUAGUCAUAUGGUAGCUAUGAAUAUUGGAGUUCUAAAAAAAAUUAUGGGCUACAUAAGAUCUGGUAUGCCAUAUCGAGUCAAAGGAAUUCACAUAAUAAAUGCACCAUGGUUUAUCAAUGGUCUAAGUGGUCUAUUUCGGGAUAGUCUACCUUUGAAAAUGAAGAAAAGGUUUUUUAUUCAUAAGACUCUUGAUGAUCUGUACACUCAUGUACCCCAAAAAUACCUGCCUACAGAAUAUGGAGGAGAAAUUGGUUCAACUGAUGAUAUAAUUAAGCUUUGGGAGACCAAACUACUAAAGUAUAAAGAUUACUUUCAAAAUGAUUUAAAAUAUGGUAUUGAACCGGAAACCUGUGAGCAAGAUAUUGCAACAUCACAAGAUCAUCUUCUUAGAACGCACCAUCCCAAGAGGUAUUCAAAAAGAUUCGGUAUCGAAGUGAAAUUAUUGAAAAAUGAAGGCUUAUUGAAUUUUUAUUGUUUUUGUUUUGAUUUUUAUGAUUUGUUUUUGAAAAUGGUUAAAAUCCGUCCACUGAAUCCGGCCUUACAAAAAAUAGCCAUCACAGAACUCAACGAAGAUCCAGACAAUAUUUCCGAAGAAAUUGCCUCCAUUCGCCAAUGGAUCACGGAACAGCCCAAACUUGGGAAGUACCAACUAUCAGAUCAAUUUAUUUUGAGUUUUUUAAGAGCGUGUAAAUAUAAACAUGAAACCGUACACAGAAAACUACCAAACUACUUAACCAUGAGAUUGUAUUGCCCGGAAGUGUUGGCCAAUCGAAGAGUUGAUGAUGAUAUGAUGGACUUAGUAAGGACGGGUUUCCAUCUACCCCUAUCGAUGGUACUCGAUAGCGAUCUUUCACGUAUUCAUCUAUCACAACAUGGUAAAAUCGAUCUCAAAAAUCACACUAUCUAUCAGGGUGUUAAGCUUUUGUACAUGAUUUUGGAAAUCAACCUUCUGGAAGACGAUAAUACAGCAGUGGCAGGAUUUACUUGCAUUGAGGAUUUGACAGGUGUUUCAUUUGGUUACGUGCUCUCUAUGAACCUUAUGGUACUCAAAAAGAUGUUGGACUUUGUCAGAUGUGGCUUGCCACAUCGAAUAAAAGGCAUACAUUUUGUAAAUGCACCUUGGUAUGCAAACGGAAUCUUCAAUUUUGUUCGAGCGCUGUUACCUGCUAAGCUAAAAAAUCGGCUUUUCGUACAUAGUAAAAUUGAGGAUUUGUAUGAACAUGUGCCACAAAAACUUCUGCCAGCCGAGUAUGGAGGUGAAAAUGAAACUUUCGAUGAUGUGAUAAAAUUUUGGGAAAAGAAAAUGCUACAAUAUCGGGAAUACUUUGAGCAUGAGCUACAAUUUGGAACUGGUAUGGAGCAUGAAUGUAGACCAUUAGAACACAGCAAGAGCCAAUAAGUCACAAAUUUUGUUUAUUACUUAAUUUCCUAAAGUUGUACUUAUAUUUAUUUAAAAAAGUAAAUUAUAAGAUUAUUAAUUAUGGACAUUUUAUAAGAAGUAGUCAUUAAAGAAAUGGUUUUCCUUAAACUUUAAUAAAAAAAAUGUUGUUAUGUUUUAAAAAUUACA